AGAGGCUGGCUUAUUAUCUCAUGCAAGACCCCGGACAGUUGGAUAGGUCCUCCCACCGGUGUCUGCCUAUUUAUACGGUUAGAAACGCUGCCGUGGGUCGUGAUAACAGGAAGCGACUGGGACACAGAGAGACACAUCACAACGCGUGCCGGCUCUGGCCCAGGCUGCAGCCAUGCCUCUUCUGGAAGAGACCACUCUGCCACAAGAGCACCCACCCACUAUUCCUGUGGUUAUCAUAGGCAAUGGUCCAUCAGGUAUUUGUCUCUCCUACCUGCUGAGCGGACACAAGCCCUACCUAGACGCGGCAACUGUCCACCCAAACCCGAUACUCUACAGGAAACUGCAGGAGACCAAGCACCUACCCAUUACUGAACAGGAUCUGGAAUAUUUGAGUGAAGGUCUUGAGGGGAGGUCAAGGAACCCUGUGGCUGUGCUUUUUGACACAUUACUGCACCCCAAUGCUGACUUUGGCUAUGAGUUCCCCCCUGUCCUCCAGUGGAGGAGGGACAAGCAACAACACAUCCCACAUCUGGUGCUGGGGAAGGCAACACCUGGAGGUGCUUGGCAUGCAAUGGAGGGCUCCAUGCUGACUAUUAGUCUUGGCAUCUGGAUGGAACUUCCUGGUGUUAACUACAGAGACUUAAUCAAUGGGAAACGCAGGGAUAUGACCAGUGAUAGAGCCACCCCAGAGGAGAUCUCAUCCUAUUACCGUAAUUAUGUGAAGCUAAAGGGUCUCCAAAAAAAUUUUGUUGACAAUACUUACGUGACCUCUGUCCAAAAACUCUGCCGGGGGCUCAAGGGGGAAGGUCUGGAAAAUGGGCACACUGAUCAAGGAGAUGGAGGGGUGGGAGAUGGUGGGAAUGAAGGCUUUCAGGGAAAUGGAGUUGAAUGUCUAAACAAUGGAGGAGGAGGAGGGGCUCUCUGGGAAGUAAGGGGAUACCAGCAGGUGCAGAAUGACACUCAUGUCCCUUUCUCUUUGUUUGCUGAGAAUGUAGUUCUGGCCACCGGUGCGUCUGAUUCACCAGUUCGAUUAGGUGUAGAGGGGGAGAACCUACCUUUUGUAUUCCACAGCAUCUCAGACCUAGGUUUGGCUAUAAGCCAGAGAAAACUGGAUAUGAACUCUGAUCCAGUUUUAAUCGUAGGUGCCGGUUUGAGCGCUGCAGAUGCAGUUCUGUGUGCUUUUAACAGCAACAUUAGAGUGCUGCAUGUUUUUCGUAAGAGCGUAGACAACCCAGACCUCAUCUUCAAACAGCUGCCCAAGACCCUGUAUCCAGAGUACCACAAAGUUUACAACAUGAUGUGUUCUCAGACCAACACAAAUGUGGCUCCCUCCUCUGCUUCAAACAGACCCCAGACAGUUAGUAUUGCCUCUUCAGUAUGUGCCAAGAUGUGCCCAAAUCCCCAGCUUGCCACAGGUAGCAUGGCUGGCAAUGCCAGUGUCAGCCUGUUUCCGGACUACACCAGUUUCCCUGAACACUGUGUGGUGUCCUUCCAGUCUGACAUGAAGUGUUUACUGCAGGGGAACAGCUCCCUCAAGGCUUUCAAGAUCUCUAUGGCCUUAGUACUGAUCGGAACCAAUCCAAACUUGUUUUUCUUGAAGGGGCAGGGCCAGUACCUGGGUCAGGAUCCAACAAAACCUGUCUCCUGCAAGCAGAACCCCAUUGACAUCCACCCCUACACUUUUGAGUGUACCAAGGAACCAGGUCUGUUUGCCAUGGGCCCGCUAGUGGGAGACAACUUUGUUCGCUUUCUGAAGGGUGGAGCCUUAGGCAUCGCCUCCUGUCUGCUGAAGAGACUCAAGAAGAAAGGGAAGCUUAUCAGCACUGGAGGGAAUCACUUCAUUUAAAAACAUAAUGGAGAAAAGAGCAUUACACGUUGGUCGUAGCGCAUAGAUUUCAAGCGUUCUUACCAACCGAUGUAAGUGGUGAAGGGAAAAACAAGUUUUUAAUGUUUUAAUCAUUAAUACAGUGUUUUCUCAUCAAAGCGAAGACAUUUUUACAACUUUCUGAGACCAAAAAGACAACGGAUGUACACUAACUAGUUUCUAAAGAAACAAAAGACAGCUUUCAAGAGUCUUGUCUGACUUCAUAAGAAGUCUCCAGAAGUCCAGAAGAUGCCAUGUGCCAAUGUUUUCCAGUCAAUGUGUAACCUCACAACUGAAUGGGACCUUACUUUCAUCAGGGUUAUUUAUUCGUUCACCAUGUGUCUUUCAAUCCAUUUACUAACAUUUAUUGGCUGUUCUAACACAAUUCAAGUCUUAUUUUAGCCAAGAUUUUAGGAGAGGGAAAGGUUGGGAAUGUAGAAGCCACAACACUUAUGCUCCAUGAAUUUUAUAGCUAUGGUUGUGGAAGAGAUGGGCCCUCUGGUCCCAUUUGCGAUGGUGCAAUCGUCUGAACUCUGAUUGAUACAACCUUGAGUUGCGAGUGUUUGAACGCAAAAGAUUUAUUUCAGGAAGUGUGACCCAAUAAGUUCUUGACUAAGCAAUCUUAAUGUUCCUGAUUAUUCCUGAUUUUACUUCAGGAGGAUUCUUUGUUUAGCUGCUAUCGUAGGUAGUUUUGAGCCAUAUACCUAAAAAAGUUAGAGUCUCACAAAUCUUACCUGUUGCUUUGGUUGUAGUGCUACUGAAAGGCUUUCUAUGCAAAUAAUUCCACUUGGAGAUCUGAAUGUAUUCUUGGGCAACCAUUACUAAUUUUACUAUCUAGAUUCAAGUUUCCUGGCACUCCGGUGUUUGACAUUUUUCUUCUUUUUUAUUUAUUUCCACACCGCAUAAACAAACUCAGAUGAGAACAGUGAAAAUUUUGUCAAUUUUUACUAACAUUCAGAACGACAGCAAACGUAACAGCCCAAGAGACUACAAAAUCCACAUAUCUUUGCCAAUUUCAGUGCUUUCUUACUGUUUACUUGCUGGAUUUGUUUUCACAGAAAUAUUGUGAAUGCUUCUGCCAUUUGGCAGCAAAUUUUCAUUUCUGAGACAUGGAAACUUCUCACCAAAUUACUAAGAUGAUUAGACAGUAAUUUUAACAAAAUAAAGAUGGGCUCUUUAGCGGUAAAAUGUUAUUUGUACAAAAUGGAAUCAAACAAGAAUUGGUGUUUAACUUUAAUAACUGCUAAUUAUAUCAUGACUAGAAUAUAGCAAAACAACUCCUUCCUUCAUAACUCCUUCAUUUAAAUGAGUACAAGUACAAUGAAGUACAAAGUUUUCUUGUCAUUUUGGCCAAGGUCACCUUUAUAGCCUAUAUAGAUACUCAUGGAAAGAAAGGGUGUUAAGAAAGGCAAAAUGGAAGAACACACUAGCAUAAUAUCCAUUUUUACAAUACCAUUCCAAAUAAUUUAUUUUUAUAUUUUUUUACCAAAUCAAUCUUAGCAUCUUCUUUGCAUUUUUAUAAUUAUGCCAUUUUUUAACAUGCUGUGGCUAUGUCUGUGAAGACUAACAUCUGAACUCCCUCUUGGAACUAUUAAAUCAGCCAGUUUGGGCAAUUGGUCAAUUACUUAUUGUCUGUAACUGCAGUCAUAUUAUAGGUUUCUUUUGAUACUGCAAAAUAAAGCAAAUACCUUAAUUUACUCAACACUGCACCGCAACUACCAAGUCAGAUAUCUCUUUUUUGUUUGGUUUUUCAUAUUGGCCAACUGUACGCAUGCAUAUACAAAGUUCUUCUUCCAUUUUCUACUACACCUUCCCAGUUAACAGCCAAUAUCGCUACAAGUGCCAAAUGACAGUUAAGACAAGAUAUGAGCAUUGACAUUAGCAAUCUAUUCUUCAUUACCACAAAAUUUUCCUUCCUUUCAGUAAUUUAAACACCGUCUAUGAAAAGUGUUGUGAUAACAUAUCACAUAAUUCUUUUGUGAGCCGUUUGCGCACAGCUCAUGGUUUGUUUAUUCUGAUGUAAAACUCCGAUCCCUACGUUGGGAUCUCUUUUUUUUCUGCCCCCUUCAAUACAGUAUGGUAGUCGGAGUCAGUAUUGAGGGGGGUGCAUUGCUGAAUAACAUGUUAUUGUACUCACAUUACUUUUUCCACUAACAAGUAGUUUAAGACAUUGCUGUAUACGUUUUGGUAAUCAUAUAACAGUUAACUAGUGAAAUUGGUGUUACCUGUGUUAAAUACUGAAUUUCAGCAGUUUUGUUCCUUUUCUCUUUGACUUAUUUUGAUAUAAACAUUAAAUAUAUGCAUGCAGGCAUGAACCAUUGCCUAGCAUUAGCUGCUGUGAGCAGAGGACAGAAAAGUGCUAUGAUGGCUGACAUGGGAAGAGUUUUAAGCCAGCCAGAAGAAACUGGGUGACUCAAAAGCAGAGAUAACUUAUUAUUUUCUGAACUUGCUUAA